AUGGCAGACACGGCGGAGGGCGAGCCGCCGGAGCUGCUGUACAUGGAGAACGAGAACUACCACAUGGUGGACGCGCUCCCCUACAUCGACACGCAGCUCGGCCAGGUGGAGGUCGCUCAGCAGGUGAAGGGCCUCAUCGAGGAGGAGAUGAGGCAUUUCGAGCCGCGGGACUACCUGGCGAGCCUGCCCGAGCCUGAAUUCCCUCUGCUGGCCAGCGAGACAGUCAGCCAGGAGCUCAAGCGUGUGAGCUCCGGGGAGCCGCUGGCGGGCAUCGACCUGGGCCGCUACCAGCUCGAGCAGCCCCAGGGCCAGCUGGCGCAAGACCACGGUGCCUGGCGGAAGGCAGCAGAGGCGGCGCACAUGCAGCUGGAGUACAAUCGUCUCAGGCGCGACGUUUACGGGGCUCGUGAGAAGCCUCUUGAGCAGCAUCGAGCGGUCUCCACGCUUGUUAUCAUUGGGGAUCCUCCUGUCCACGCGGACGCGCACCACUGCCUCGCGAGCGGCCACGUCCGCGCGGCGUCUGCCGUACGCGGCGCGCUUCUCCAUCACGGCGCCGACUGCACUUACGAUUGUCGCAUCUUCGACGCGUACUCCCGCCGCGAGAAUCUCGGCAGCUCCAUCGCGAAACCAGAGGCCGUCGUCGUCAAUGUAGAGGCGCCUUGA